AAGAAAAAAAAAAAAAAAAAAAAAAAAUAGUCCAUGCAAAUGUUUCACCUAUUAGCUUGCUCUUAGCUUCAUCCACAGGCUCCAAAAGCAAAGAUAUGGAAAAAGGUGCUCAGUUCCUUCUCCCGUUGCUCGCCAGUUGGCGGUCAACAGGCAAAUCUGUGCUCUGCCGUGCCCGUCACCGCAGACUUCCCGACAAAGUGACCUCAUCCACAUUCUUGCUCAUACCGGCCAUUGGCAUUGGAAUAGACGGGAAGCAGCGUUUCUGCUGUGGCAAAAUGUCGCCGAAAGAAGAGUCAUUUUCCGCGCUUGCGAGUUUGUUUGUGCACUGAGCAAGUGCCGAGAUGCGGUGCACCGUUGAUGGGAUGGCCACGGCAGCCCCUACCUGGAAUUCUAC